AUGGGUUUUUCAGAGAAUCCAAAAUUUUUUAUACUCUCAAAAAAUAUUCUUAAAAGGUGGAGAUUUAUAGGAAUUGCCCUAUCCACAGUAGGCUUCCUUUAUUUUUGUCUAUUUAAUAAAAUUAAUAAAAAGGCUGAACUAGAUUCACGUACUUUUACGCAGUUUCCCGGUAAUUCCGUUUUAAAUAAGACAAAUGAAGAAAUUUUUAAUGAAAGUAGUUACUAUUUUGACAGCUACAAAUAUGAAGGAGGAGAACAUAUAAUAGACAUAUUGUAUGAGUAUAUUAAAACGAUUUCUCCUUUUAUUGAAACGGAAAAACAUAAGAUAGAGAUUAAUGAAAAUGUAGAAGAGUACAUAUUGAUAAGUAAUGUACCUUGUAAGUUUUGUAAUACUUUAGAAAGCUUAAUAGUUGUAAUAAAUUUUGACUACAAGGAAAGAAAAUUUUUCCAUUCCCUAUCAGUUGGUUUAACUUUAAUGGAUCAUUUUUCACAUUGCAAUUAUAUGAGUAAAGAUAUAAUAUUUUUAUUUACAAAUAAAGAGUUAUUAUAUUCAAAAGGGAUUCAAGAAUUUAUACAGCUUUUUUUUUAUAAAAAUAUAAAAAACAGAAAAACACUUGUUAGGUCAGCAACAAUAAUAGAAUUUGAUUCCAUUUAUCCAUCACAUAUACAAAUAAAUUAUGAAGGCUUAAAUGGGAUGUUACCAAAUCAGGAUUUAGUUCUAUUAUUAACCAAUGAAUUAUCCUAUUAUAACAUUCCUAUUAAAGUAAACCCAAUCCAUUAUGUAAUUUUUGAUAUGGCCUUGGAAAAAAACUUCGAAAAAGGUCAUUCCUAUUUUUUGAGGGAAAACGUUCCAGCCUUCACGGCAACAGGUAUAAGUAAGAUUCCUUUAAAAAAUAAAAUGCUCAACCUUUUUAAUUUUACGAAAGCCAUGCAGAGUUUUUUAAGAAAUCAAAGUAACACACAUGAAGCAUUUUGCCAUUCAUCAACUUUUUAUUUCUUCAACACUAUUAAGAGACAGGUACCUAUUAGUAUAUACUGUUACAGUGUUUAUUUGAUAUGCUGUUACUGUAUUUUAAAAUUAAUGAAAAGUUCAAUAUUUCGGAAUUAUAUUAACUUUAUAGUAGGUUUGAACAUAUACAUUAUAACUAUUUUAAUUAUUUCAUUGCCAAUUUAUUUGUUUUCAACGAAUGAAAAAAUCUAUGAUUUGCUAAAUUUAGAAAAAAGACUCCCCUUAUGCACUGAAUGGCAUCCAGAUCAUUUUACACUGUACAUAAAAAUAGCCAACUACUGGUCAGUUAUUUUUUUCAUAUCAGUAGUGGUAGCUUUUUUCUUUAAUUAUUUUAUUUCUUACGUAGUUAAUAAAUAUAAUAAUAAAAUUGGUUAUCAGAAAGUACAGAAAAUCGAGAGAGUCAUAAUAUUAAACGAAAUAAAAAAUUUAAACAAUAAAGUAAAAAAUAUAAUUGGUGUAACACCUGUUUAUGAUGAUAAUAACAUUUAUGAACAAGUCAUAAUAAAUUCGAAUGAUACGAAAAAAUUAAUAAAGCCCAAAAUUAUACAUAGUGACGAUGAAAUGUUCUUACUUGAAAAGAAAAACAACAUUUUAAUUAGAGAACUACAAGAUGAAAUAGACAAAAAGGAAGACAUGUUAGAAAAGCUGGAAAAUGAAAAUGUAAAAUAUAUUUAUAAAAACUCUGUAGCACCUUAUGCUUCCCUGAUGAGUUAUAUGAACGUUUUUUACUUCAUUAUGGUCGUUGUGUCAUCAUCAUUAUAUAACUGGUCAUACUCAGCACUGUUCUGUGUCAUAUUUGUAAUUCCUAUAUCAAUUUUACAUAAUAUUAAGAGGAAGCGCAAAAAGAUUGUUAAAAAAAUUAUCCUAUUAUUGUUCAUCCUUUUUUCUUUAAUAUAUAUAUAUCCAUAUGAAAGUUUUAUUUUGAAUGAAAGGCACAAAUUAACAAAUACGCUAAUGAAGUUGUUUGAAAAAGUCUACAAACAUUUAAGCAAGUAUAAAUUAUCAGAAACGAAAUACUUCCCGGAUUUUUUGGAAUUUCUUUGCUCAAACAAAAUAUUUGACUAUUUGUAUUUAAAUAAAUAUUAUUUGAAUAAUCAAGACAUAAAAUUCAAUUAUAACUACGAAAUUAAAAACAGCGUUUUAUUAAAUUUGUACAACCUAUCCAGGAACCACUACUGCAUAGGUUCGCAAACCUACGCCCUUUUGUGUUUUACCUUUUUUCCUAUUCUUUUUUAUACAAUCUUUAUAUUUUUUUGUUAA